AUGUUAACUAGUAUGGCACGUCGACCACCAACUCAUGUUCAUAAUAUGAAUGGACUACAUCAUCAACCAUAUCAUUCAAAACCGACAAAUAAUAAUAAUAAUGAUGAUGAUGAUGAUAAUGAAGAAGAACGUGAUGCACGACGAAUUCGUUCACGUAUAUUAGCUAAUAAAUUAUCUGAAUCUUUAUUACAACGUUCAUCAUCAACAACAACAAGUAAAGAAGAUUCAAUUGAACAACGUAUUAAAACUGCUAUUGAUAUAUGUGAUAUUGAUACAUUACGAGAUAUUUAUUGUCAAUCAUCAUGUCGAAUAUCAAUUGAACGUCGUUUUAAAUCUGGUGGAUGGACAGCUUUAAUACAUGCUGCUUAUUCAUGUCAUUUUUCUCUUGUAUCAUUAUUUAUCUUAGAAUUUGGUGCUGAUGUUAAUAAUAAAAGUUGUGAAGAAAUGACACCAUUAAUGGCAUGUUGUAUGUCAUCACAUUCAAAAAGUUCAACAACAAAUGGUAAUGAUGAACAAUUAUCUAUAUGUCGAUUUUUACUUGAACAUGGUGCACAAAUAGAACCAUCAUUUGAUAUAGCCAAUGAUAAAAUUAUGACACCAUUAAUGUUAGCUGCACGUUUUGGUUGUUCACCAUCUUUAAUAUAUUUAUUAGUUGAAUAUGGUGCAAAUAUAAAUCGUUGUGAUUCAAAAGGAUGGUGUCCAUUAAUAAUGGCUACACAACAUGGUCAUUUAGGUUCAGUUAAAGCUUUAAUUAAUUCUGGUGCUAAUCUUAAAUCAACAACUAAUAAUGGUUUAACAGCUCUUGAUAUAGCCCAACAUUUAAAAUAUGAAACUAUUGUUGAAUUUCUACUUGAUGAACAAAUAAAAUCAACUAAAUCAUCUUCUUGUUCGUUAUCAUUAUGUGAUAAUCAAUGUAAAUUAAUAAAUGAAAAUGUGAAUAAUCAAAUAAGAAAUAUUGAUGAAGAAUUUGUUAAUAAUGACAAUAUUUUGCAAUUAUCACUAGAUAAUCAAAAGAAUGAACAGUCAUGGAAAUCAAUGAUUUAUAUAGGAAUUGCAACAGCUAUUGGUGGUGCUCUUCUAUUUAGUUUUGUGCAUAUGAAACGAUAG